ACAGCUAACAAUCAUAUUUAAUUCAAUACUAAAAAUUCAUAUCGCCCUUCACGCGGACGUAAUGAGGUGGCGAGCAGUGAGGGAGGAAGUUAUAGCCCCAUAGAUUAUAGUCGAGCAUUAGGGGUGUGAUGUUAGGGUGCAAAAAACUGAAGACUUUGCGAACCCCGCGAACACCGCGAACGGAGUACAUACAGGCAAGGGCAUGUAGUCUAAAUCGCGGGGUUUGAUAUCAGGGGCCCGGGACCCCCGUAGCGUUAAAUUUAACCAGAGGUCCCACGCAGGGAUGUUUAUAAAAGCAGUUAAGUGCAUUAUUCGCUUUGUUGUGUAGGGUAGGGGACGAAAUGUAAUUAAAAUAUUUGAAAUGUGACGAGUAUUCAUUGCAAGAAGCAAGUCAUGCGUUGGUGGAUUAUAGUGAUCUUUGAUGCUAGGGGAAUAACUACCCGAGCGGUCAUACCUAUUUAUUAUUAUUAUUAUAACUUCGGUACACUUUCUGUACCAUAGCCAAAACCAGUUGAUUCCAUACCUUACACAAAUUUAAAGAAAUGAUGAAAUAAAAAUAUACAAAAGAUCUAAAUAAAAUAAACUUAAGCAUUCAUUCGAUACCCUCUUCAACAUUCUAUCAUAAAACAAAGAGCGAACUCUUCAGAAGCCAACAACUUUACUGUCCCAUAAGACUUAAAAACUUCGCGCAAAAUACAAACUCAAACACACCGUAAGACAUCAUUCACUCCGCACAGAUUUCAUUCAUUAAAACGAACAACAACUUCACUCGGAGCGAGUUCGUUUGGACCGACAUGUGGUUCUAAACUUUCUUUAAACGGUUCACGCCGUUUGCAUACCUGCAUACUUUAUCUACGCAUCAUUAAACACACCUAGCGCGGGUUAAUAAAGCUCACAAUUGCUUGGAUUACAUGUAUAAGAAUGUGGUAAACAGUAAGAUGCUCCGAGAGAAGAGUUAGUUGCACCACGCAUGCGCUGUCCUCACUGCAGCUCGGUCUACCACGUUGUGUUGACCAGUUGUGACAGUCGAUAGCUGGCUGUCAGGGGGAGCGGACGCGCGCGACCUUCCCGGAAAAAUACGUUCUUACGUAUCGUAUCGUGUUUAAUUUUAAAAGUGUAAGCAAAUUUCACUUCCAGUGCAGAUUAAAUACAUUUAAAUAAAUGUGUUUUAACGUGCCAUGGUUAGCUUUUAAAGGAUUUGAAUAGAACCCAAUCAAAUGUGCAGAUGUAGAAAUGUAACACUAAAACUUCGGACAGCACCAAAAAUGAAACGGCGAUCCCUCACAACCGUCCGGGAGGAGUCACAGCCAAAGCUACUGUGCAGUGACGUCACAAUCUACGUCAUGGUCACCACGACAGCAGUCCUCAGCUACAUGAACAGUCUGAAUGGGGAUUUCGUCCAUGACGACAUCCCCGCCAUAGUGACGAAUGGGGAUGUGGUGGGGAGUAACUCGCUGAAGCAACUGUUCCUGGAUGACUAUUGGGGGAUGCCGAUGGCUGAUGCUAAUAGUCAUAAGUCAUAUAGGCCGUUAACUACGCUGUCUUUUAGGUUAAACCAUGCGCUGGCAGGGCUAAGGCCGUGGUGGUGGCACGCGUGUAACGUUGCGUUGCACGCCGCGUGUUGCGCGCUUGUUGCGCGAGCGUGUGUCACGAUAGCACGGCUGCAACGACCCUUCGCGGCGCUGGCAGCGUUGCUGUUUGCGGUACACCCUGUGCAUACGGAGGCGGUAGCCGGAGUAGUGGGCAGAGCCGACGUAUUAGCUUGUAUAUUCUUUUUGUCUUCACUCCUAGUAUAUCACAGGCCUACGAGCAACAAGAAGUGUGUGUGGCUCAGUGUGGUGCUGGGGGCUCUGAGUAUGCUGGCCAAAGAAACCGGCAUCAUGAUAUUUAUACUCAAUCUAGCCUUCGACUUUUAUAGAUGUUGGCCGUUUGUUAAAAGGUCAAUAUGUUCGUUGAAAAUUGAGAAGAAGUGCACUGGGUUAUCAAUCCGAGCCAUCAAGGUGGUCGUGUCACUGGCUCUGCUCGUCUGCCUGCGGCUGGCCCUGCUGCAGGGGACCUGGCCAUCAUUCUCACCUCAAGACAACCCGACUGCCUUCCACCCGAGCUUCUUUGUCAGAUUGAUGACAUUCUGCUACCUAGCAGCAUUUAACUGGUGGUUACUCCUGUGUCCGUGGACCCUGAGCCACGACUGGCAGAUGGGGUCGGUGCCACUCAUAACGAGCGGUUGGGACCCCAGGAACCUGCUCACGUGCGCUGCGUUUGGGGCGCUGUUGUUACUGUGCUAUAGAUGCAUUGCUGACUUGGAGGUACAGAAGCACACGCCAGCAGUGAUCGGUCUUCUCCUAAUGGUUCUACCGUUUGUGCCUGCUAGUAAUCUACUAGUCACCGUGGGAUUUGUUAUUGCCGAAAGAGUGUUGUAUAUACCGAGCGUGGGCAGCGUAAUAAUAACCGCAUACGGAGUGCAGCUGAUGUGGUGCUCCAAGCCUGGGACGAAAGUCGUUCUGGCAGUGGGUCUGGCAAUACUGGCUGCCAGUGGAGUGGCACGGACACAUCGCAGGAACGCUGACUGGCGGGACCGAGCCACUCUGUUGAGGGCGGAUUUAGUGACUUUGCCGCAAAACGCUAAACUGCACUACAACUUGGCGAACUUUCUACGCGAGACAGAACAACAAGACAGCGCCAUCAAACAUUACAAAGAAGCUUUGAGAUUAUGGCCAAGUUACGCGAGCGCCCACAACAACAUUGGCACCUUAGUAUCGGGGAUGGACAACGCUGAGCACCACUUCCUGCAAGCCAUCAAGUUUAAUAAAUACCAUGUGAACGCACACUAUAAUCUUGGCAAGCUUUAUAAGAAAAAUGGAAAGCCGAUUCAAGCAAUAUCAAUGUUGGAGAAAUGCAUAUGGCUACAGCCGAGGUUCGUACAAGCACACGUGGAACUCCUGACGCUGAGGACAGAGAAUGAGAAGCAAAGGAUACUGACGCGCCUGGUGGACCUGGAACCGAACAAUUGGGAGCAUUAUGUGCUGUACGGGGACUGGUUGAGGAGUAGAGGGUUACCAGCACCUGCAGCAAAAUACUAUUUAGAAGCCACUAGACUAAGUUUUAGGUACCGAGGGGUGGACAGAAACGUGAGAGCGGACCUGAUCACUUUUAGGUAUACAGCCCUAAUGUACCGCUCGCUGGGACAGAAGUCCAGGACACUACAGCUGUUAACAAGAUGGCAUACGUGGCGCCGGGGGUGGCCGAGUGCAGCCGCCGCACACAUGUACCUAAGAGACUGGCGACUCAAAAUGGAGUUGGAGGGUCGAGCACAAAUAUACUCGAAAGCCGUCAACCCUACUAAAUCAACAAAAUGCUUUGACCACUCCCAACUGGCGGUUGCGGCGAAAGAAGAAAGAAUACCUCAAAAAGAAAUAAAAAACAAAACUGUAGAUGCUAAAAGUGCUAAAAACAAAAGUGAUAGAAAUGAUAGUGACAAUAGAUCGUGCGCGACCAAAAAACGUAAUCUAUCUGUUUCAUCACAAAUAAAAACGACUCACAACAAAUCCGAGAUCGGAUUGAAAGACAAAAAGUGUACCUUGCAUAGAAAAGAUAAGAAGAAGAACAGCGGUGUUAUAGCAAACAUUGGUACGCCCCUCGCGGAGCACAUACUUAUGAAAACUUAUUAAUUUUAUGGAUUUUAUAUCGUUUGAGACAAGCACUUGAGACACGGGGCCACUUAGUAGUGAUUGAAAAUAUUAACACUUAUACAAAUGGAAAUAAAAUUCAAUUCACAUUUGGAGAACUCAUUUUUUAAAUGUAUCUUCUUUCAAUAUAAGAUUGACUGGACUCCCAAUCGAAUGACAGGCCUGAUUUAAAAGGUCCUAUGUCUCAAAUGUUUGUUCAUGUUCAAUACCUCAAGUGAUUUAAGUGACCGUGAGUGAAAUAUUUUGACAAGAACCUUACAAUAUUAUCCAUCUGAUUUGGAGUGUGAUAUUUUGAGCGUGUACGUUUUUUUUUCGUAGGAACCGCUUCGCCGUUUUGUUGAAAACGUUAGUUUUAGAUACGCCGACAAUAUCGCAAGAUGUAGUUAAGAGCAUUCAUCGAUUUUGGAAACUUUUAGAGAGAUGAGUUUCUGAAUUGGAUGUCAUUAGAUAGAAAACUAAUUUAAACGAUGUGUAGCGAUAAUGAAAAUGAGAAACGAUCUAUUUUUGUCAGAGUGUGAGGGGUGAUUUAUAUGAAAUGCACAAACAUUUUUACGCUAGCAUUAGAUAUUUAUAAUAAUUAUGAUCAACCGUUUGAAUAUUCACUGGAAUUGACGUUCGUAAAAUGUCUUAUAUUAUUUUAUUUAUAAACAUUGUAUAAUUCUUUUUGUGCUCAUGUUUGAUAAUAUCAAGUUUGUGAUAAAUGUAAUCUGAUCUCAUUUUUUUAUAAAACAAAUUACUUUAAACACUAAGUUAUAACCAAAAAUAAUUGUUACAUUUUUGUACGAAUAUUGUCACAUAUUCAUAAUGGUUGAAAAUAAAGGCUAAAGGAUUGUGCCACAACUAGAUAAAGGAACUUGCUUGGCCUUACCAAACACCACGAACGCUUACAGAAGGAAACAAGUGGUGUGUCCUCAACAAAUAGUACUGUGUGCCUACGUUUUCUGAUGUUGACAACUUACAAACAAUUGUAUGAUAAUCGCUAUAAGGUAAUGCUUGUACUAUGAGCUCUUAUAUAAGACAUAGAUGAAGAGUCUGUUGCCUUUGUGAAAGUGAGAGAGCAAACUUAAACUAUAGCUGUGUCUCGCUUGCACUACGACAAUACUGCUUCAAGAACUCACAGUGAACACAUACAUUUUUGUAAAGAAAUUACAAUUGAGUUAAAAUUCUAUUUUCGAAUGAAUUAAAUUUAAUGAAUUUUGUAUUGAAAUAAUUCGUUAAAAUUAAUGAAAGACUGAAUUUCUAAACACGUUAAUACCCGAAACAAAAAUCAGAAACCACUCACAAACACAUUUCAUACUUGUAUAACUCAAAGUUGUUUACCCACGUCUUGAAUAAUACAUUCGCAAAUAUAGCUGUCAACGUCAGAAUAAUAGUGAACGAUCUCAAUACUUUAUACAAUAAGAUGUAAAUAAUAUUUAUAAGUAUAGACUUUGGCACGUGACAAUGCUUUGAAUGUACUGAGAAUAAACAAUUGAAUUAUA